UUACAUUUUUGUGUGGUUCAUAUGAUUCCUGCACUGCAAAUAUCACCACAGACAUAACUAAGCUUAUUCGUCUAGAAACUAGUAUACUUUCGAAAUGGAAUUGUGCUCCACAACUCUAUCUUCCCCUGCUUCCACUUUUGUUCUCAAUUUUCAGGGACCUAAAUUGCCUAAACCAUUUCUUCAGAUAUAUGGUAGGCAAAAGACAUUAGUUUAUGAACAAACCUCAACCAGACUCUCUUCUGGAACAUGCAGAGCAACCAUAUCAGCUGAAGCUGGAAAACAAGGUUGGGAUUUUGGAAGAUUUAUAAAAACACUUUACUUCUUCAAUGGACCUCCAUCUCCUGCUAAGUUCUUUGACUUUCUAGUUGAGAAGCUAUCCAGCCCUUCCCCAAGUGAACCGGUUAGCUCGAUGGGAACUUCUGAUAUUGUCCUGGUAGCUGGAGCUACUGGUGGUGUUGGUCGAAGAGUGGUUGAUGUAUUGCGGAAGAAAGGAAUUCCAGUCCGAGUAUUGGUUAGAAAUGAAGAGAAGGCAAGAAGGAUGUUAGGCUCAGAUGUUGAUUUGGUGGUUGGAGACAUCACAAAAGAUAGUACUUUGGUCCCUGAAUACUUUAAAGGAGUCAAGAAAGUGGUCAAUGCUGUUUCUGUCAUUGUUGGCCCUAAGGAAGGAGACACGCCCGACAGAGCAAAAUACAGCCAAGGAAUUAAGUUCUUUGAGCCAGAGAUAAAAGGUGAUUCACCUGAAAAGGUGGAGUACAUAGGAAUGAAAAAUUUGAUCAAGGCUGUGAAGGACAAUCUUGGACUUCGAAGGGGAAAGCUAUUGUUUGGAUUUGAAGACAAUAAUUAUAGGCAGCUUUCUUUUGGCGCUUUAGAUGAUGUGGUAAUGGGAGGAGUUAGUGAAAGUACAUUUCUAAUUGACCCAAGUGGUAAUGAAAAUGGUGGACCAACUGGGGUUUUUAAAGGUGUUGUUUCAACGGCGAAUAAUGGUGGCUUUACAAGUACAAGAACAAAGAAUUUCUCAAAACCUGAGGAUCUUUCUGCAUAUGAUGGCUUGGAGUUCCGUCUAAAAGGUGAUGGGCGUAGAUAUAAAGUCAUUGUUCGCACAAGCAGUGAUUGGGAUGCUCUUGGUUACACUGCAGGCUUUGACACGGAGAAAGGCAAAUGGCAAUCGAUUCAGGUCCCAUUUUCUUCCCUGAGGCCUAUAUUUCGAGCAAAAACAGUGUCUGAUGCUCCACCAUUUGAUCCAAGCAUUGUUAUGUCAUUGCAGCUCAUGUUCAGCAAGUUUGAAUAUGAUGGUAAAUUAAAUGGAACUUUUGUGGAAGGUCCAUUUGAGCUUCCUGUAUCUAGCAUUCGGGCGUACAUAAAGGAUCCAAUAACGCCCAGAUUUGUACACGUGGGUUCAGCUGGAGUUACCAGACCUGAAAGGCCUGGACUUGAUCUAAGUAAACAGCCUCCGGCUGUUCGAUUAAACAAGGAAUUGGGUUCUAUCCUUACAUUUAAACUAAAGGGUGAGGACUUAAUUCGAGAAAGCGGCAUUCCCUAUGCAAUCGUGAGGCCUUGUGCAUUAACUGAGGAGCCUGCUGGAGCCGAUCUUAUCUUUGAACAAGGAGAUAAUAUUACGGGUAAAAUAUCAAGGGAAGAGAUUGCUCGUUUGUGUGUAGCUGCACUUGAAAGCCCCUAUGCAUGUGACAAAACAUUUGAGGUCAAAAGUGUUGUUCCAUUUAGCGAGCCGUUUACUCUGGAUCCAGCAAAUCCUCCUCCGGAAAAGGACUACAAUGUGUACUUUAAAGAUUUAAAAGAAGGAAUCACUGGGAAGGAAGCCCUCCAACAAAAUCCCGUACCUGUUUAGUGUUUUCCUGCACUGCAGUUCAGCUAUGAAUAUUGCAGAGGUGAGGAAGUUGAGAGAUGCACAUAAUCUGUGUAUCUAAAGAAACUUAAACUGUAGACAAAUCUGUGAUACUUUUCAAACUAGACAUGACAUUUACCUUAAAAGAUGCAUGUAUAUUCAUAGUGCUUAUACAUAGUUUGUUUUUCCUUACUUGCUUUAUCAGAUAGGAACCCACAGAACUUCCAUAUUCAUAGUUUGUGCUCAUAUUGGUAUUUACCAAUUUCUUCUGAUUCUGAAUUGUAAGGUUCCAAAAGAUUAUUAAAAAUAAAUUCUUUAUAUUGAGUUCAAA